AUGAGUACAAAAAAUUGUCAACUUGCUUUAUACAAAUCCUUUAUGGAUGCUUUUAUUAAAGGUCAUCCUGGUAUGACAAAAUAUGCAUGUCAUUACAAUUCACAACUUGAAUGGACUAAAAUAAAAACUAAUGAACAAUUAAUUAAAACUCAAAUUGAAAAAUAUCUUGAAAUUUCUAAACAAUCCGAUAAAAAAGAAAAUACAGAUGAAUCAACAAUUAGUACUGAAAAGAAACAAGAAAAACCAGUUGCACCAGCAAACAAUGAACGAAAACGAACUUUAUCAUCCGAUGAUGAAAUUGAACCUUAUGAACCAAAUUUAGAAUUCGAACUUGUUACACCUAUUGAACCAACAUUUUCAGUACGUGAUGCAACACAACCAACUGAAUUUAAUGAUCCAAAUAAACCAUGGGUUGCUCUUUCACUGGAAAGAGCUAAAGCACGAGCUGAAGCACGUCUUGCGAAAAUUGCAGCACGACGUCAACUUGCUGAAAUUCGAAUAAAAACACCUGCACAAGAAGCUGUUAUAUCAGAAAUAAAAGAAAUAUCUGAACGUAUUGCUAGUUUAGUUCAAGUUAAAAAUAUGGGUUUAUCAUCAUCAGAUUCAAGUAUGACAUUAAAAAAAUUACUUCAACAAAAAAAAGAACGUACAGCUGAAUUAAGUCGUUUACAAUCGAAACAACGUUCAUCAGCACGUUAUCGUCAACGAAAAAAACGUUGUGUAGAAUCUAUAUGUGCUGCUGAUCCUGAAGUUGCUGCUGAACUUAUGAGACUCUAUCAACCAACUACACUUCGUGUACAAAUUGAUAAUAUUUGUCCUGAUUUAUUACAAACAAUGGAAGAAAUUGCACGUAUUGGUGGUGCAACGGAUUCAAAUCCUCGAGUACUUACUAUUACACCAUGUUCAUCAUUAGAUGAAUUACGAUCAAAAAUCAAAGAACGUGGUUUUGAAAUUCGACGAUCAUCAACUUUUUAUCGUUUUAUCCCAUCUGGUAUUUUUACAGAAGAUGGAAAAAGACAUGUCAAUUCAGUACCUGUUCGUUUACGAAAACUACAAGGUGUUGAAUUACCAAAACAUGAAGAUUGUCAUUUUGUAACUGCAAGUUUACGACAUAUUAAAGAUUUAGCCGGUACUUUUGGUAAUGAAUGUGUAUUCUAUCUUAUUCAAGAUAGAAAAUCUUCAGUUAGAAUUGGCCGACCAGCCGCUCGUGGACAUUCACCUUUUAUCAUGCAUUUAGAUUAUCAAAUAAGUACAGCUAAUUCGACAGUUAUGCCACCUCCUGUUACGCAUCAACUUAAACCAACAGUUUAUGCAUCAUGUAAUAUUGAUGAUGCCGGUCUUGUUGGAUAUUCAGGUCCAACAUAUAUAUCGAUUCGAUCAGCUAAACAUGAUCAAUUUACAUGUGAAAGUGAAGAUAUGGAUUUCGAUUGUAUUGUUAAAUUAAAAGAAUUUGAUCGAACAGCUCGUAAUCAUCUUGGAGUUAUUAAACCAAUUAUUAUUAUGAAUGUCGAUAGUCUUGAACCUAAUGAUUAUACACGUUUUCCGCGAACACUUGUAUCAGCAAUUAAUAAAUUUAAAAAAUAUAAUUUAGAUGCAUUUUUUAUUAUAACACAAGCACCGGGUCAAACAUCUUUGAAUAUUGUUGAAAGACGUUUAGCAAAUUUAUCACAAAAUUUAACUGGUUUAGUUUUACCACAUGAUUAUUUCGGUACACAUUUAAAUAUUAGUGGUUUAACAAUUGAUGCCGAAGUCGAAAAAAUGAAUAUUAAAAAAGCCGGUGAAGUUCUUGGAGAAGUUUGGAGUAUGGAUUUAAUUGAUUCACAUCCAGUUAUUGCAGAAUAUAUUGAUCCACCUUCCACAAUUGAUGAUAUGAUUAGAUUAAUUGAUACUCAAUUUGUAUUAAAUGCUGCUAUUGAUGAAAUUUGUGAUGAAGAAGAAGAAACUCCACUUCAUCUACGUUAUAAUCGUCAUCGAUCGGCUUCAAAUUUAAAUUCAAUGAUAAAUCCACAAGAUAGACCAGAUUAUAAUAUUGAUGAAUAUUGGUGUGCCACACAUAUAUUUCAAACUCAAUAUACAAUUCAAAUAAUUCGUUGUACGAAACCUGAAUGUUGUGGUCCAUGGCGUUCAAAUUAUAUUCAAGUAUUUCCUCAUCGAUUUCUUCCACCACCUGUACCAUUUGAUCGUUUAUCCAAUGGUGUUCAAUUAGCUGAUAUUGAAAAAUCAAUUGCUACAACGCAUCCCAUAUCACCUUAUUAUGGUACAUUAUAUCAACGUAUACAAUUUCAUGGUAUUGUUAUGGAUGGAACAAAAAAAUUACUUUUACCAUUUGAUUUCUUUUGUCCAUCAAUACAAUCAAAACUUUCUUCACGUAUAUGUGCCAUUUGUAAACAAUAUAUUCCGUCAGCAACACGUUUACGUAAUCAUUAUCGUGUACAUCAACAACGUUAUGCAUCAAGUUCAAUUGAUUAUAAAUAUAAUAAAGAAGAAGAAUUAAUUGAUGAACCUGAUCCAAUUGAUCCAACGGAAAUAUCUGUACAUCAAAUAAAUCCAAAUCAUAGUAGUGUAUUUCUUUUUAUAGAUAUGAUUGAUUGGUUAAAAUCAGAUUUUGAAGAAGAUCCAAAUAUUGAAAUAAAACCGAAAUCAACAGCUUCUCUUGCUAAUGCUGCUAUUCGAAAAGAAAGACAAUUACAAGAAGCAGCUGCUGCUGCUAUUGGUAUGACACCAGAGGGUAUUCGACAAUUAAAACCUAAUGAACCAAUUCCAAUUAUAUCAGUUGAUAAUGCAUUGACAUCAACAACAAAUGAAACAAUUUGUUUAGAUGAUAUUAAAAUUGAAAGUGAUACAAUAUCUAUAGUUGAUGUUAAAACAGAUAAUGAAAAUAUGUUAAAUGCUAUGGAACAAUUAGCUGUUACAGAUGAUGGAAAUGAUUUAUCGAAUAAUCAAACUGAUACUUUACUAAGUCAAUAUGAUGAUUUAAGUGAUCUUAUUGAUGAAAUUUGA